AAAUACAUACAAACACAGCAUAUAAUGAGGAAAUACAAAAUAUGCAAAGGCUCAGAACCACGAUACUCUACAACUUAAAGCAAAAAACUUGCAAUAACUUCAAAGCCACUACGUCAUAUGAAAAAAUCCGAACAUACAGGUACCAGCAAACAGCGAUCAGCUACGACGUACUAUACUAGACUAUAAAAUUUGAAUCUACUCAAUAAAAGUGUCUUAUUGCACAUUGUAUCAUAAUUGAAACUGGAAAUAUUCCAAAAAACAUGACAUAAUGAGGAUUGCAACCAUCACCAUGCUCCUGGGGGUUUUAACCUUCAUCCAAGGAUGGCCGAUACAAGAAAUGCGCGAUGGCACAACAGCACGACAUAGAGCUAACAAAGAAGUCCGUACCAUCAUUUCGGCCAUUGUCGAUGCUGUACUCGAUGGCGAUCGGAAAAGACGAUCAGAGACAGUGGAUUUAGACGAUGAGAAGCCAUCGAAAGUAAAAAGGAAAGAUUGGAAAAACAUGAAGAAAAGUAAUAAAAAUACAAACGACAUGAUGCAUUUUGGGAAGAACGUGAAAACGAUCAAUAAACGUGAUGAGCAGGAGGACAGCGUACCAUUGGCCGAUGUCAUAGCAACCAGCGAUGUCAAAUCCAGAGAAAGCCAAUCAGAAAUAAGCAAGAAAGACGUGAUAAGUCGAGCUAAGAAUGAGAAAUCGACUGUUUUGAAUGAAAUAGGUUCAACAAACAAGGCAACUUCUUCAGGAAAACAACAUAAGAUGAAAAACACUGAAAACAAGACAAGGAAAGAAAGAGAUGAAAAAUCAUCAAUUGAUAAAUCGACUUCAAAGAUAUCCCCAUCACGUAAUUCCACGUAUAAAUCAACCACAAAAAUGAAGGAAGCAAAUGUUAAGUCAAAAAUAACAACGGCACAAAAGAAAAGCUCCAUAAAAGCCGAUAGCUACGAGGAUUUUUUGGCGCACGAUGCAGCAUUGUUUUCACAGAAGCAACAUAAAUCUCUUGAGGAUAAUGAUGAAAGUUAUGAAGUGAAGGAGAAGACCGUAGAUAGAACAGGAAAUUUUGACGACAUGAGAGCUGGUAUGGGAAAUACCUAUACAAUGAAUGAUAAAAAUGCCAAAGGCUUAUCGAAUGGCUCGGUGAGCGAAAAUGAUUUAAUGAACAAACAAUAUCCAAUAAACGAGAAUGAGAUAAUGAACAAGAACCAUCCAAUAAAUGAGAAUGAUUCAAUGGACAAGAACCAUCCAAUAAACGAGAAUGAUUCAAUGGACAAGAACCAUCCAAUAAACGAGAAUGAUUCAAUGGACAAGAACCAUCCAAUAAACGAGAAUGAUUCAAUGGACAAAACCAUCCAAUAAACGAGAAUGAUUCAAUGGACAAAACCAUCCAAUAAACGAGAAUGAUUCAAUGGACAAAAACCAUCCAAUAAACGAGAAUGAUUCAAUGGACAAAAAUUAUCCAAUAAACGAGAAUGAUUCAAUGGACAAAACCAUCCAAUAAACGAGAAUGAUUCAAUGGACAAAAACCAUCCAAUAAACGAGAAUGAUUCAAUGGACAAAACCAUCCAAUAAACGAGGAUGAUUCAA